CCUAAAAGGCAUACCUUUAAUGAACAUUUAUUUUGUGCCAGACACUAUCAAAUGUUUAAAAUGCUUACUCUAAUUUAAUCUUCACUAUUACUCUCUGAAGUAGGUAUCUCCUUUUUAAAAUAAGGAAACCAAGGGUUGCAGAACUUAAAUAGUUGUAUGAUGGUGCAGCUGGUGAGUGACAGAAUUGGGAUUUAAACUCAGGCAUUCUGAUUUCAGGUGGUAGAGAAUCCGCCUGCAACAUGUGAGGCCUGGGUUUGAUCCCUGGGUUGGGAAGAUGUCCUGGAGGAGAGCAUGGCAACCCACUGCAGUAGUCUUGCCUGGAGAAUCCCCAUGGACAGAGGAGCCUGGCUGGCUACAGUCCAUGGGGUCUCAGAGUCAGACACGACUGAGGGACUGAGUGCAGCCCAGCACAUUCUGACUGCAGAUUCUCCCAUAACCUGUACUUUAUACCACUCGGCACUUGUUCAGCAGUCUUCUCACAUCUGAGAAGCCUUACAGAACUACUUAGAGUUUGAAGCUGCGCAUUUGGUAGGAAUCUGUUACAACUGUUAUUCUUGUAAUUUCUGAGGCUUUUAUGCUGUUUACCCAAGCCAGACCCCGCAUACCUGUCCAGCCCUCCUUUCCUUGUGCUGUAUUGAAAUACCAUCACCUAAGGCACGGACACUACAGAUAGUUGCCUGGGGAAGGGGAUUGUGGCAAGUAUGGGUAAGGUGGUGGUUUGGUCAUAAGUUGUGUCCAGCCCUUAGAACCUCAGGGACUAGGGCCUGCAGGCUCCUCUGUCCAUGGGGUUUCUCAGGCAAGAAUACUGGAGUGGUGUCCAUUUCCUCCUCCUCCUUGCUGUAUUUAUAUAUCUUUUAUCAAAACACAUCGCUGACUUUUUUUGGGUCGCAUCGUUUUCCAUUCUUUGACUCUAUUUAACCUCCUUUUUGAUGGUCUUAAAGGGUUGUUUACAGUUAAAACAAUUCAAAUGAUGCUUAAGUGAGCAUAAUUAUGUUGGCACAGAUGCAAGAAUGGGGUUUAUGGGUUGGAGUUUAUGUGCAUUAUUGCCUUGAUAGAUAAUGCCAGCUGGCCUUCAAAAAAAAAUUUUUUUUCCAAUCCCAAAGAAAGGCACUGCCAAAGAAUGCUCAAACUACCGCAUAAUUGCACUCAUCUCACACGCUAGCAAAGUAGUGCUCAAAAUUCUCCAAGCCAGGCUUCCACAGUAUGUGAACCGUGAACUUCCAGAUAUUCAAGCUGGAUUUAGAAAAGGCAAAGGAACCAGAGAUCAAAUUGCCAACAUCCGUUGGAUCAUCAAAAAAGCAAGAGAAUACCAGAAAAACAUCUACUUCUGCUUAAUUGACCAUGCCAAAGCCUUUGACUGUGUGGAUCACAACAAACUGUGGAAAAUUCUUAAAGAGAUGGGAAUACCAGACCACCUUACCUGCCUCCUGAGAAAUCUGUAUGCAGGUCAAGAAGCAACAGUUAGAACUGGACAUGGAACAACAGAUUGGUUCCAAAUUGGGAAAAGAGUACGUCAAGGCUAUAUAUUGUCACCCUGCUUAUUUAACUUACAUGCAGAGUACAUCAUGAGAAAUGCUGGGCUGGAUGAAGCACAAGCUGUAUACAAGAUUGCCGGAAGAAAUACCAAUAACUUCACAUAUGCAGAUGACACCAUCCUUGUGGCAGAAAACAAAGAACUAAAGAGCCUCUUGAUGAAACUGAAAGAAAGUGAAAAAGUUGGCUUAAAGCUCAACAUUCAGAAACCGAAGAUCCUGGCAUCCAGUCCCAUCAGUUCAUGGCAAAUAGAUGGGGAAACAGUGGAAACAGUGAGAGGGUUUAUUUUGGGGGGCUCCAAAAUCACUGCAGGUGGUGACUGUAGCCAUGAAAUUAAAAGUUGCUUGUUCCUUAGAAGAAAAGCUGUGACCAACCUAGACAGCAUAUUAAAAAGCAGAGACAUUACUUUGCCAACAAAGGUCUGUCUAGUCAAAGCUGUGGUUUUUCCUGUAGUCAUGUAUGGAUGUGAGAGUUGGACUAUAAAGAAAGCUGAGUGCCGAAGAAUUGAUGCUUUUGAACUGUGGUGUUGGAGAAGACUCUUGAGAGUCCCUUGGACUGCAAGGAGAUCCCACCAGUCCAUCCUAAAGGAAAUCAGUCCUGACUAUCCAUUGGAAGGACUGAUGCUGAAGCUGAAACUCCAAUACUUUGGCCACCUAAGAACUGAUGCAUUUGAAAAGACCCUGAUGCUGGGAAAGAUUGAAGGAAGGAGUAGCAGGGGACGACAGAGGAUGAGAUGGUUGGAUGGCAUCACCGGCUCUAUGGACAUGGGUUUGGGUGGACUCCGGGAGUUGGUGAUGGACAGGGAGGCCUGGCGUGUUGCAGUCGAUGGGGUCACAGAGUCGGAUAUGACUGAGCAGCUGAACUGAACUAUAUACAAACAAUAUAUCAAAGUUACCCGUCCAGUGUCAGUACUGAGCAUUAUUAGACUUUUCAAGUCUGAAAAUCUGAGAUGAGAAAUGUUACCUCAUUUUAAUGUGCUUUUCUUUUGUUUUACUCCAGGUUCUUUCCAUUUAUUUAUUGCUUUUCGUGGUUUUCUGUUUCCCUCAUUUAUUGAACUGUGAUUUUUUUCCUUUGUUUUUAGUUUUUUUGCUAGAUUUUUAUUUUUAAAAUAAUAGAGUAACUUGAUGAAGUUGCUUUUAAAUAAGGUCUCAUCCUCAAAUACCAUCACAUUGUGGACUAGAGGCUUCAGUAUAAGAAUCUGGGUGGACACAAACACAGUCCAUAAGACAUGUCGGUGCUUUGUAUGUCUUUCUUUUUAUAUUUACUGAUUACAUUCAGGUGUGGAUUGUUUUAUGCAGUUGUAUUCUUAAAGUUUUGAUGUUAAUUGAGUUUUAUGAAGGAAAUAUUUUAGGUGUACACUGCUAACAGGGAAGUGGGAAGGAAAAGGAGUUGGGAUUUAUUGAAUGCAUACUAGGUGAGAGUAACUGCAUUUUAUGUGACAUUUUAUGUAAAAAAUGAUGGUAUGAAGUUUUCUGAAUGAAGAGGUUGCCUUGCUGUGUACUAUUCUCCAAGUUAGUGUUUGUUUAAUUUCUGUGUAUUGGGUUUGCUUAAGUUCCUUCAUAUCUUUACCGAGCUGUCAGCAAAUAAUUAUUGAGCAUAUACCUGUGCUGGGUACCUUAGACUGUACUGGUGAGUACACAAACCAUAGUCCCUUGUAAUAUUUAUUAUCUUAGUGUUAUAUUCUUUUAAUAUUUUUUAAAAACAUUUAGUUUGGCUGUGGUGCUGGGUCUUAGUUGUGGCAUACGGGAUCUAGUUCCCUGACCAGGGGACAAACCUGGGCCCUCUGCAUUGGAAGCUUGGAUUCCCAGCCACUGGACCACCAGGGAAGUCCCUCAUUUAAUGUUUUGCUCACUACUGUCAAUACUAUCUGUAUUUGCCGGUAUCAACUGUGUUAACUUCAUCUUUAAAAUUAGGACUGGGGAAGCUUAUAAAUGUAGUCCUUUAAGAGAGUAAUUUUUUUCAGUUGACCCUUAAGUCAGCAUAUGCUAUAUGUAAGCUUAAGACUAAUCUAAUACCAAAGAGUUCAACCAAAAAUAAUUAUCAUGUUUGAUACACAUUUCUAUUUUUAAAUUUUGGAGAAGUGAAAACUUUAGAGUCAAAUAAUACUAGCUUCAUAAUGUAUGAAGUGCUGAAGAGCUUUAUUAGAUUAGAUGGGAAUAAAGUAGAAAUUGCUUCAAGUUUUUGCUUUUUUAACUUUUUCUGCUAUGUAUCAGCAUGCUAAUUCCAGAUAGUCCUCAAAAUUUUGACAUAAUUACAGAUUUUUGAAAAUAAAGGUUUAAUCCUAGAAUCUCUUUGCUCCCUAGAAAGACAUCUUAAAAUUAAAUUUCUGUAAAUAUUUCUCAUCAGCAUGUUUUUUCCCACAUUUUAACUAUCUCAGAAAUUGAUUCUUUCAAACAGUAGUAGUGUCCUAGAUUUCUUAAAAUAACAGUCUUAGAGUUGCUCCUGAUUUAUAUCUGAAUAAUACAGUGUUGUCAGCUCUUUGAAGGUUUAGAAAAAGCAUAUAUUUAAAUGUUUUGGACCAGUAGUACAGACAGUUGGAAGAAUUAUUUUGAAAGAAAGUCUUCUAAGUUUACAUGUUAGUAGCCUGAUUUAAGUGUUGGCAUGUUUCAAGUAAGAAACGUUUCAAACACUUUAAGCAUAGCUUUUUUUAUUUGGUAGGUAGUCUUUAAAGUUCAGGUUGCUAUGAGGAUUUGUGGAUAAAAUUAUUUGCGAUUGUUUUUAAAACAUUUAUAAUUGAACUGUAUAAAAAUCUUCAAAUUAUAGAAACACAUAA